AGAUGGAGUGGAAAUGUGCCAAUCUUGGGCAACCAACACCACCCAACAGAUAGACUUAGCGCUAAAUAUAUUUUUUAUGGUCUACUUUUUUAUACGUUUUAUAGCCGCGAGUGACAAGUUGUGGUUCAUGCUGGAACUAUAUUCCUUUGUUGACUACUUCACUAUUCCACCGUCCUUCGUUUCCAUCUACCUGGACAGAACGUGGAUAGGUCUCCGCUUUUUGCGGGCGCUGCGUCUGAUGUCAGUACCGGACAUCUUGCAGUACCUGAAUGUGCUCAAGACCAGCAGUUCGAUCCGCCUCGCCCAGCUCGUGUCCAUCGUCAUCAGCGUCUGGCUCACUGCAGCGGGAGUUAUACAUCUGCUGGAGAAUUCUGGGGAUCCUCUGGAAUUCAUGAACCCUCAGAGCCUGACGUACUGGGAGUGCGUGUACUUCCUGAUUGUAACUAUGUCGACGGUGGGCUACGGAGACAUCUACUGUCAGACGUCCUUGGGGCGGGCCUUCAUCGUGUUUUUCAUUCUCGUCGGUUUGGCGGUGUUUGCUAGCUGCAUUCCGGAGAUCAUUGAUCUGAUUGGUUCCCGGCCGAAAUACGGGGGAACCUUCAAGUCCGAACGAGGUCGAAGGCAUAUCGUGGUUUGUGGACAUAUCACCUACGAGUCUGUGUCUCACUUUCUUAAGGAUUUCCUUCAUGAGGACCGUGAAGAUGUUGAUGUAGAAGUUGUGUUUUUACACAGAAAACCACCGGAUCUAGAGCUGGAGGGAUUGAUCAAGCGACACUUCACCACGGUGGAGUUUUUCCAAGGCAGCGUUAUGAAUACGAUUGACCUCCAGCGAGUGAAGGUACACGAAGCAGACGCUUGCCUGGUGCUAGCCAACAAAUACUGUCAAGAUCCCGAUGCAGAAGAUGCUGCCAACAUUAUGAGGGUCAUCUCCAUCAAGAAUUAUUCAGAUGAAAUUAGGGUCAUCAUCCAGCUUAUGCAGUAUCACAACAAGGCGUAUCUGCUGAACAUUCCAAGCUGGAACUGGAAGCGUGGCGAUGACGUCAUUUGCGUGUCGGAGCUAAAACUGGGCUUUAUUGCCCAGAGCUGCCUGGCGCCGGGGUUCUCGACCAUGAUGGCCAACCUGUUCGCCAUGCGCUCUUACAAAACGUCUCCUGACAUGCCCGAGUGGCAGAACGACUACCUGUGCGGCACCGGGAUGGAGAUGUACACUGAGCAUCUGUCGUCUUCCUUCGGAGGGAUGACCUUCCCACAGGCGGCAGAGCUCUGCUUCGUCAAACUGAAACUCCUGUUACUGGCGAUUGAGAUUCCUAACGACGACAGCUCUGACACAAAGAUUACCAUCAAUCCCAAAAAGAAGGUAAAGAUCGGGCCAAACACUCAGGGAUUCUUUAUGGCACAAUCGGCAGACGAAGUUAAAAGGGCGUGGCAUUAUUGUAAGCACUGCCACGAAGACGUAAAAGACGAGAAGCUCAUCAAGAAGUGCAAGUGCAAGAAUCCCAAAGAUUCCAAACAGAAAGUGGCGCUGUUUAAGAAAGGUGUCAGAGCUGUUCAAGUUGUUGGGCGGGCAAAGUUUUUUAUCUCGAGGACGGGCAGCGCGGUGGACGUGGAAGCCGACGUCUCAGACUCGGACCACAACGAGAGUGUUCACAACUCUACAUUCCCAACCUUCACGCCUCCAGAAAUACCCAAGAGGGUGAAACUAAGAGACCCUACAAAAAAUCCUACUGAUUUGGGCAACGUGGUGGGCGGCCGCCAUGGUGUGGUACCGCACCGACAGGCUAUUACCACCGGUUCUACCCCUCGUCAAAGAACCACGCCCUCCAGCGGUGCACUGAAGGCACCGCGAGCCAACCCUUCGACACCCCUUCUCACGUCGCCGGCGCCUAACAGCUCGGUGCCCAAUUCGGGUGGCGCUACCCUCUUUCCCAGCCCGCUGGCUAACACAACGCACGGCGCCCGGACCGACGACACAUUCGCUGGCUUACACCUAGCCUAUGAAGUGAAAAAACUCAUUACGAGUUUUCUCUCUCUCUCCUCUCUCUCUCGGACUAUGGACAGGCCGACGAGCCGCGCCGGUGUCACCAAUGGGUCCAGCAAGCAAGAAGGACCUCUCUCGGUCGGAUUAGCUGACGAUCAGGCCAAGGAUUUUGACUUCGAGAAGACCGAGAUGAAGUACGACUCGACGGGGAUGUUCCACUGGUGUCCGGCCAAAUCCCUCGAAGACUGCAUCCUGGACCGGAAUCAGGCGGCCAUGACCGUCCUGAACGGUCACGUGGUUGUGUGCCUCUUCGCGGACCCAGAUUCUCCCCUGAUCGGACUGCGCAAUCUGGUGAUGCCCCUGCGCGCCUCUAAUUUCCACUACCACGAACUGAAGCAUGUCGUUAUCGUCGGCAAUGUCGAUUACCUACGCAGAGAGUGGAAGAUGCUACAGAAUCUGCCCAAGAUAUCUAUUCUCAACGGUUCUCCGCUGAGUCGCGCUGACCUCCGCGCUGUCAACAUCAACCUGUGUGACAUGUGCGUCAUCCUGUCGGCCAAAAUUCCGAGCAGCGAUGAUCCGACUCUAGCGGACAAGGAGGCUAUUUUAGCUUCGCUCAACAUCAAGGCCAUGACCUUCGACGACACCAUCGGAGUGCUUACGCACAAUCCCGGAGACCCAGAUGCCUUAUCCCCCCUCGGUAGUCCCAUAGUGAUGCAGAGAAGAGGAUCCGUGUACGGGACUAACGUCCCUCUCAUCACAGAACUUGUGAACGACACGAAUGUGCAGUUCCUGGACCAGGAUGAUGACGACGACCCGGACACCGAACUCUAUCUAACGCAGCCGUUCGCCUGCGGCACGGCCUUCGCGGUCAGUGUCCUAGACUCCCUCAUGAGCACGACGUAUUUCAACGCGAACGCGCUGACGUUGAUCCGUUCGCUGGUGACCGGGGGAGCGACGCCUGAGCUGGAGCUCAUCCUGGCAGAAGGGGCGGGACUCCGCGGUGGCUACUCCACCCCCGAAUCGCUGGCCAACAGGGACCGUUGUCGCGUGGGCCAGAUCUCCCUCUACGAUGGACCCCUCGCCCAAUUCGGGGAGGGGGGCAAGUACAGCGAUCUGUUCGUGACGGCCCUCCGCAGCUACGGCAUGCUCUGCAUCGGGCUCUACCGGUUCAGGGAUACCAGCUCAUCGUGCGAGGCCUCCUCCAAGCGAUUCGUCAUCACCAACCCGCCCGCCGAAUUCCCGCUCCUGCCCACGGACAUGGUGUUCGUGCUAAUGCAGUUUGAUCCUGGCCUUGAAUACAAGCCGAACCGAGGAGAAGAACCGAAAGAAGACAACUCCUGACUCCUGCACUGUAGCGCCUUGACGGACGGGCCUUACUCCUUUAUCUGAAUGAGAAAAAAGCAAUAUCCCCUGUAAAUGCGGUCGCUCUGCUGUCUGGAAAACGGCAGAUUCCCAACCCGCCAAACCUCUCCUCACAUUCAAGAAUCUAUUCAAAGGCCUUUUUUAUACCCCAUCCUUUCUAAAUCCAUCCCUGAAUUAGGACUUCGAAGAUAAACGCCUUAAAUAAAUCUGAAGAUCAAGUUGCUAUCUCGAUAGACAAUGAACCACAUUUAGAUAAAACUUGUCACCGCAAUCUGGUUCCAAUGAAAAAAGUUUUGGUAUAUUCCAAAAUACAAAUUAAUGGAUCAUCUCUGUCACUAAAGUCUAAUUGGGAAUUUCCACUUUCUUAUACUUAAUUCGUCCGUAUUGAAAAGAAUCAUUUGAUCCUUAGGCAGUUUAAAAAUCGCAGAACGCAAUUUUUCUUAUGAGGCAAAAAUAAUUUAAAAAAAAAAGAAA